UGUGGAAAUAAAUAAUUGGUGAAAAAUGAUAAACUCACAAAUUUAGAUGCUAUAAAUUAAAAUAUGAAACUAAAAAAAAAUGAUAUCUACUAUGAACAAUGAAAAACUAGAAUGAUAAUUAAUUAGUGUUAAUUAAUUAGUUAAUCAUGUCCAAGUCAUCCGAUGAUGUUCGAAAACAAGUCUGAAACUUAAUGCCGCGUGUCUGAGGUAAUAAUACGUUCAAAAAAAAAUCCACACGCCAAAUAAGAAUUCACGCGUCAACCUACAAAAUAAUGCAGACAUUAAGUGAUUCGGCGCGAGUUGCUCGACGAUUACCCUUUGACGCUCAAAUAAGCAACCGAAAAUUCAAGUAGAAUAGAACGCUCGUAGAAAUCAAAAAUAACAAACUUACCUCAAAAUAGUGAAAAAUUACUUAAAAUAAGUCUUAUAAAUUAAGUCUUCCAUAAAAUCCAAUCAUAUAGUAUCUAACAAUUAUGUCACCCACAAUGCAUUAUUUGAAGCAAUCCCAAAGUAUUAUUAUAUAUACCUCUCUUUAUUUUGUGGGUUUAAAAACCCCAUGUGACCAUUUGCCAUUUUUUUUCUCACACAGCACACACACAGUAGCGGUGGCAAUGGCGAAAUCUUCCGACGAGGAAGAAGUAGAAUCGUUAUUCCGAUCUUACCCCUACGCGGCACUAUACUUGGUCCAAAGCCCACCCUCGACCGUUAAUUCCCAUGCAACCGCCUCGUCCAAUUACAAUCACCUUCACCACUUAAACUCGUGUAAUAACAACUCUCCUAUAUCUCAUUACUCGUCUUCUCGUGGAUCGAACAACUCGUUUUUGCAAGCCGCUGAUAAGAAGAAACUACAUUCACACGAGGCGCUUCGAAAUGGUAAUAUUAAUAAUAGUAAUAAUAUUAAUGAGGCAGUGAUACUUGAUGAUCGAGAUUAUUAUUACGGUGGUGAAGAGAAAAAACGAGGGUGGAUAAAGUAUUUAUCUUUCGGUUAUUCGAAUUCCGGGAUGUGGAUUUUGGUGCAGCUGAGUUGGAGGUUUUUGCUGAGUUUGAUCAUUGCUUUGUUUGUUUUCUAUAUUGCUGCUAAGCCUCCCCCUCCUAACAUCUCUAUUAAGAUUGGAGGAAUUGGAGGGUUCAGAUUAGCCGAGGGAGUGGACGGCUCUGGUGCAUCGACGAAAAUAUUAAGCUGCAAUUGUUCAAUUGAUUUAAUAAUAGAAAAUAAGUCCAAGCUAUUUGGUCUUCACAUCAAUCCUCCAUUCAUUCAAUUGCUUUUUGGCCAUCUCCCUUUUGCAGUGUCAUAGGUCAGCAAUUUGUUAUAUUGUGUUUCCCAUUUUUAUUUUUCCAUUGUCAAAUUCAAAUUUCAUUACACAUAGGAAACAAAAAUUCAUUGUGUUU